CCAACCCCACCCUCGCGCCCACUGGUUCUUCCCCUGCACCACCACCCCCAUCAUCAUCCAUCCCUCUCUUGCUUUAAUCCCUGCUGCCUCACACACACGCAAGCACCCGGCGGCCUCUCUCUCUCUCCCUUUUCCUCCUCCUGCUAGCACGCUCUCGGUGGUGGGGGAGAUCUGGAGGGAGUCGGUGAAGGUUGGGGAGGGGGGGAGAGGCAGGAGGAGGCGGGAGCGGCGGCGGCGGCGGCCAUGGGGAGGGGGAGGGUGGAGCUGAAGCGGAUCGAGAACAAGAUCAACAGGCAGGUGACGUUCGCCAAGCGCAGGAACGGGCUGCUCAAGAAGGCCUACGAGCUCUCCGUCCUCUGCGACGCCGAGGUCGCGCUCAUCGUCUUCUCCAACCGCGGCAAGCUCUACGAGUUCUGCAGCACCCAGAGCAUGACGAAGACACUCGAGAAGUAUCAGAAAUGCAGUUAUGCGGGACCUGAAACAGCCGUGCAAAAUAGAGAAAAUGAGCAAUUGAAAAACAGCCGCAACGAGUACCUGAAAUUAAAGGCACGGGUUGAUAAUUUACAGCGAACACAAAGGAAUUUGCUUGGUGAAGAUCUUGAAUCAUUAGGAAUAAAGGAGCUCGAGGGCCUUGAGAAGCAACUUGAUUCAUCCUUGAAGCACAUCAGAACUACAAGGACACAACAUAUGGUUGACCAACUGACGGAACUCCAGAGAAGGGAGCAAAUGUUUUCUGAAGCAAACAAAUGUCUUCGAAUAAAAAUGCAGUUGGAGGAGAGCAAUCAGGUUCAUGGCCAGCAACUCUGGGAGCACAACAACAACUUACUCAGCUACGAACGUCAGCCUGAGGUGCAGCCGCAGAUGCAUGGCGGCAAUGGAUUCUUCCAUCCUCUCGAUGCUGCUGGUGAACCCACCCUUCACAUAGGGUACCCUUCUGAGACGAUGAAUAGUGGCAUGAAUAGUUCAUGCAUGACCACUUUCAUGCCGCCGUGGUUACCAUGAUCGAAGCCAGCGAAUCGUUCAAUAAUAAGAAUAUGCGACUCCGGGCCGCAUAUGUGUACACUACUUCGAGUGAUGGAUUGUUCAUCCCAGCAGUCAAGGCCCCCUGUUAUUUUGCGUGCAACUUUAACUACUUUUGUGUGAGAACAUGAAACUAAAACUAUGUACUGUUUGAUCUUCAGAUAUUUGUACUUCAUGCGUGUAAAAGAUCAUAUAUGUAACAGCUUGGAGCGCUAGCUGCCUAUACAUUAUGCCAGUAUGAAUGUGUGGUGCUUGUAUAUUUCGUAAUUUGCAGCACUAGUUUAUUUCCUUUGACUA